CGCGUCAUUUCCACUAAUUCGGCAGACGACGUCGUGAACAAAAGCUCAAUGAGGAAGUAACCUGCAGAAAAAGUUGAUCGAAGGUUGGCGAGCUGCAAUGAAACUCCGAAAACAUCGAUUUUAUUGUUGAAUAAUCAGAUGAUUGCCGGUGUGUCAACAUGCCAGAACUGGAACACGUCAUCGAGGAGGUGAAACGAUUCCUCAAAGAUGUGGAGACAUAUCUAUCCGUCACCCUCAAGAAGGAGAAACUGAAGAGAGAGACAAACGCAAAGAGAGAGGAGCUUCUUAAGGAUGCGGCCAGCCUCAUUGGCAAACUUUCACCUCAUGAGAUAGAGGAAGAAGAGCAAGAGGAAUAUGCCGAUGUUGACCUGCCGACGAGCGCCUCAGCCGACAAGACCCAGGAAGAAGACGAAGACGAGUGCGAUGACAUCUACGAGGACACCGUGCCGGAAUCCACCCACAGCAAUGACUCCUCCCAGAUCUCGGAGGAUGAGGGGGAGGAGCCAGAAGAAAGGAGUGGGAUGUUUGACCUGGAUGGUGAUCCCUAUGGCGAUGUCAAAGUAGACCCAAUUGCAGCAUCUGACUUAACCUCACCAAGCAAGGAAGGCUACCUGGAUAAGAAACGGAAGGAAGGACAAUUCGGUUUACAGAGCUGGCAGAAACGCUACUGCAUUAUCAAGGGCAACAUCCUGUACUACUACAAGAAGAAGACGGACAAGGAGCAGUGCAACCAGAUUGUGCUGACGGGGUACCAGGGACGAGAGGCCCCCGAGUUUGAGAGGAAGAAUAAGAGGAAGGACUUGCUGUUUGAGGUGGUGUGCCCAGCCAAACGCUCGUACCAGUUCAUUGCACAGAACAAGAAAGACUUACAGGAAUGGAUCAAGGCCAUCAGUGUCGCUAGCAAGCUUGGACCAAGCUCUGUAGAUCCUCUUGCCAAAUCAACCCCUAACAAUUCUGGAGGCAGUGAGGAUCUGUCUGAAGAAUACGAUGACACCUCAGCCCCAGGCCCAUCCUGUGAAGUCAAUGAUGAUGAUUACGGAGACACCUACGAAGACUUGGAUGCUUACCAAGCAACCAAGAUGGGUGGCCCAGUGGCACCUGUGGCUGAGCCACCUGCUGGUGCAGGGGAGAAUGAGGAAGAUGUGGAACCCAUCGACGAAGAGAUUUAUGAAGACGUGCCGCAAGCUGAGCUUCCCCCACCGGCACCAAUGCCUGAACGCAUUCCCAAGCCCUCAGCCGCUAAUAAGCCCCUCCCACCAGAACCCCCCCAGUCUGAAUCCCCACCCCCCAUUCCCACAUCCCACAGACCAGUUCCCCCACCAUCAGUUCCCAUUGACACACAGCCAGCCAGGCCCUACUCACCGCACAUGCAUAUUAAGACCUACCCAGGCAAGAACAUCAAGAACGUGGCCAAACCGGCACUGGGCAUGUCCAAGCCAGCCAUUGCCUCCACCCCAGCCCCACCUGUGCCCUCCCGAGCUGCCAAUGAGAUUGCAGACCUGCCCAUCAGGAAGGAACCGUGGGAGGAAGACUACGCCAACAUUUACAUUGGAUUGUGGGAUUGCAUGGCAGAUGACCAGGAUGAGCUGGAGUUCCGACGAGGCGAGAUGGUACACAUCAUCAGCAAGGAGUACGACACCUUCAGUUGGUGGAUUGGUGAAAGGAACAACAAGGUUGGUCUGGUUCCCAAGGACUACCUAAUGAAAGCUUAUAUGAUUUAGUCCGUAAACCAUGUUAACAUUAAUAUGGCUAGUUUACACUCUGAAACCAAGACUGUCAUUGCGGAAUCAACUGAGGUACAUUUUCUGCUAAUUUGUCAAGUAUGGCAGAAAAUACUGUAGAAAUAAAUGAAAGUAACUACCAACAAACAGUUCACUGUACUAACAUGACUAAGGUCCUUUUUUUGGUCUAAAAUCCGUUAACAACAUGGUUCUUAGAAAAAGCAUCUAUAAACUGUGCUUUUCUUCAUGAAAUUAUUGACAGACGUACCGGUAUGUACAAGUGGCCUACUGCCCAAUUUCAGUGCAUUACCUGAGCUGCCCUGUAUUGGUAGAUGCAGGACUGCAUGCAGCCCUGAAACACAAAAGUUUAUUACUUCAGAUGGCGGGCUUGAUGCCCCAGUUAACUCGGAGUACUGGUACAGAUGUUGGGUUUGCGUUACGUACAGUGUUGGAUGGAGCAAGAGGCAGAAGAUGUACACAGUGCUUCCAUGUGGCCAAAAUGCCAGGAGUAAAUUGUACACCUCAAAUCCUGAAUUUGUCAUUGUCUUAGAAGAUCUUCCAUCGUUCUGUCUCUGGUGUUCUGCUUAAUUAAAAACUGUCAUACAUUUAUUUUUUCUUAAAUAUGUAUUUAAAAUGUAUAUACCGUAUUAAAGGGCGUCCUUAUGAAACCAAGGCUGCUGGCUUUUCCAGCCAUGUGUAGUUUCAAUCUGUUUAACUUCUUAAUUACUGCACAAGAUAAUGCUUUUAUGAAAUUCUAAAGAAAUUCUAGUUUUCUAUCUAAAGGCUAAGGCUUUUCAGGCAUCAUGACAAAUUGAAAAAGAUUAUUUCUUAACAAAAAUGUGAAAGUUGGAGUAAAUUUGUAAGCAACGGGAUCAUCAAUUCAGGCAAGUCAGGGAAACGGGAGUGAUUGAGGAAAAAACAUAAAUUGUAUGAGUGUCUGUCAACAUCUGCAGGUACAAUGUACAUGUACUAUUCAUGUGUAUUGCGUAUUAAAUUUAAUAUAUUUUUUUUACAUGUACUUUACCCAAGGUUGUAAAGAUCAUUUCUGUACACAUUUUAUUUUAUCUGUAGAUUAGUAAUAUUGCCAUACAUACAUGCACACAUGUACAUGUUUGUCUUAAUUGGUGAGUACUUUAUGUCUCUCAAUAUUUAAAACUUUUCUCCUCAUAAAGAACUACGCGUACUUGUGCCUUCCGUUAAUAAAAGAGGUCUACAUUUGCAUGUACUUGAUUUGCACAUUGUUUGGGAAAUAUUUGGAUAUUGUCGUAUAUAAAAAUGAAAAACAAA